UGCAAUGCAUUCUGACGUUUCUCUCGCUCACACAGCUGUUGAGGUUGAGGAGUGAAGCUUGCGCAGCUCUGCAUGAAAUUACUGAUCAUUCAAAGGCGCGCGCCGAGAACACCAUGCAUCCCGAUUUGGAACGGCCUGGAGAUGGGGUGUCCAUACCUUUCAUGUGCUGUCGGAGAAAACACUUUGCGUAAUUUACCCAGGAAUGCACCUUGAAGAAGGCAGCCAUUCUGGAGCCGAGCGCUUUAUUUUGAAACAGUGGGUCUUUUCCAGUCAGUUUCUGCUUCAACGAUCUGUUUUCAAUAAGGAUGUACAGAAAAUCGAAUCAACCAUAAAAGGCAGGAGAUAUCAAAGUGGAAAUGUUACUAUAGGAAAUAAAGUGGGGACUGUGACUGUGCGCAUUCUGGUUUCUCCCAACGAAAGCAAGUAGUCUAUAUGGUUACGCGCACGUUGUGCUUUGUGAGAACAAGACAUCAACCAACCGAAGAUGGUCCGGUUUGUUAUUUGUGCUUUAUUAGCUUUGGCUGACUUGAAUUAAAGAAUAACUGUAGGCCUAUAUAACAUCCGUGGAAUUGACCGUUUAUUCCCCACCGUUCAAAUGCUGGAAUGGCUAGUGGUUUUGUGUAUUGUGAUUCUGGUGGCCGUUAUUUGGCCAGCUUCGAAAUAUUUUGGUACCCAGCGCGAGCCAGACGCACUCCUCCAGAGGCUCGGAAUUUCACGGCGGCAAACGAAGGAGAGGGUCUCGGAGAGGUGCGUCUCAGACCGGGAGGUCCCGGUGGACUGUGCUAAUGCCCAGACACCGGACUUGGAAGGUGAGAAUAAAGUCCCCGCUGUUGCACUGAUAUGCAAACCCUCGGCGCUGGCCAACUAUCUCCUCAAACACUGCAGGACUUUCAGCAAUUUCACGGCGUGCACCGGAUGGACAUGGCGGGCGAGUGCGUUUCUUCAGACAGUCUACGGCGCGUGCUGGCCGUACAAGAGCCGGGUGCAUUUCGUGCGAGACUACUUGCAGUUGAGUGACGAUGGUCUCGUGGCACUGGACUGGGCAGUUUCGGUGGCCGGUGCGUCGUACCAGAAACGGAGGAGAACCUCGAGUAAUUCCACGAGCCCAAUCCUCCUCAUCAUACCCAACUCUUUCGGGAAAAUCACUAGAAAUGUGCUGAAGCUCUGUGAGGUGGCGUUGUCCCAUGGCUACCUACCCGUGGUGUUUAACCGGCGCAGCCACAACGCCACCCCCCUCAGCACCGUCAAGCUGCAGCAGUUUGGCGACCCAGGUGACCUACGCGAGGCCGUGCGCUACGUGCGCUACAGGCAGCCUGUGAGCCGGCUGUACGCGGUGAGCGAGAGCACCGGGUCAGGUCUCCUCCUCGCCUACCUGGGAGAGUGUGGUUCAUCCAGCUACGUGACGGCCGCCGCCUGCCUCUCGCCAGUGUUCCGCUGCCAGAGCUGGUUUGAGAAAGGACCCAUCUGGCCCCUACACUGGGCUCUGGUGACUUACCAGAGGAUAUGCCUCAGCAGGUACAGGACAGUGCUGGGUGAGACAGUGCACACUGACACCCUUUUCUCCAGCUGUUCCCUGCAUGGCCUGGAGGAGGUGCUGUUCUGCCAGCAGCCAGGCCCUAAAGGAGCCCUGGCCCUAGCAGCGGGCACCAGCAGCAGCAGUGGGGGAGCCUGGGAGGCCUAUUGGGAACGCAAUGAACCCCUCCGGGACGUAGACGAAGUCGCCAUCCCCGUUCUGAGUGUCUGUGCUCAGGAUGACCCUAUCAGAGGAGACCCCCAGUCUACCCUACCCCUGGAACUCUUCGAGAGCAACCCCCACUUCUUCCUGCUGCUGACCACCAAGGGGGGACACUGUGGCUUUAACACCCAGGAAGGGAGUGCUUUCUCUGGGGGAGUGACAGGUGGAGGGACACCUGGGACUAGCUGGAGCCACCAGGCCCUGCUGGAGUUCUUCAGGGCCACCACAGACUUCAUUGCGGCAGAGGAGAGGGCUAAGCAGGCUGCCAGACGGAGGGGCCUGGGGGGUAGCAGCCAGGGCAAAGUCUUCAGACAUCGUAGUGUCAGUACCUGUAAGAGGCUGCCCGCAUGCUCACAUAAUAUACACACUAUCUACAACUGGCAGAGGUCUUAUACACGAUGAGCUGGGGUGAGGAUAUUGGAUAUUAUAGAUGAUAAGGGAUUGAUAUUAUGGAUCAGAAGGGAUUGAUAUUAUGGAUCAGAAGGGAUUGAUAUUAUAGAUGAUAAGGGAUUGAUAUUAUGGAUCAGAAGGGAUUGAUAUUAUGGAUGAUAAGGGAUUGAUAUUAUGGAUCAGAAGGGAUUGAUAUUAUGGAUGAUAAGGGAUUGAUAUUAUGGAUCAGAAGGGAUUGAUAUUAUGGAUCAGAAGGGAUUGAUAUUAUGGAUCAGAAGGGAUUGAUAUUAUGGAUGAUACGUGAUUGAUAUUAUGGAUGAUACGUGAUUGAUAUUAUGGAUGAUAAGGGAUUGAUAUUAUGGAUGAUAAGGGAUUGAUAUUAUGGAUCAGAAGGGAUUGAUAUUAUGGAUGAUAAGGGAUUGAUAUUAUGGAUCAGAAGGGAUUGAUAUUAUGGAUGAUAAGGGAUUGAUAUUAUGGAUGAUAAGGGAUUGAAUCUGCAGAACAAGAGAGCUUUGCAUUUAAGGGCUGAAAAUGAAUCUGUGUGCCCCAGCCACCUGGGUAAUUGAUGGAACAGGGUUUCAUCGACACACACACACUCUCAGAAAUUGAGGAUGAACACUUCAAAACACACUAGGGGUAACCAGAAAAGCCUGUGUGUGUGUGUUUGUGUGCGUUUGUUCCCGCCCGAUGACUGUCCAAAAAUGCCCAUCUGGACACUGGACUGCCAGUAUUUCUCUGACGAGCCAAUCAGAUUCAAGGGGAAAAUUUGUGUAAUGAUAUUGUGAUAUUUUGCUGAACUGGGUGGGUCUGUGGGUUUUCCCACAUGUUGUAAUUCAAACUCUGACUGAGGUUUGUUGAAUGUAGCUGGAAUUUACGACUUUGAAUUGGCACUGUUAGUGACAUGAUGAUUUUCCUGUAGAUUUCUCAACAAUGUUAAACCUCUGUUAAUUGUGUUAAAUUAUGUGAAUGAUUGGUAAGGAACAAUGUAAUAAAACAAAACUUUGAGGGAA